AUGGGUGUUAUUUUGAAGUUUAUCUUAGUGACGGUCGUCUUACCUUGUGUUUUGGGACAAACUCAAGAAGAAUGUUUUGGCGCGGGAAGCGUAGCAGGCGCAGCGAUCGGUGCCUUCAUUGCGGCGUUUAUUUUAAUCGGUGCAGCAUAUUACUUCAGAAAAUGGUAUUGGAAAUCCCGUAAAGGCAAACACCUCGUGUUCACGACAGAUCCUGAAUCAGUGAAGGAUGAAUUCGCUUUCGACAAUCCCGGCUUCAGGCAAGAGGAAAAGCAUUGGCAGCAUGAAGCUCCUACUUUGCCUUUGGGUGGCAAAAAUCACGCCUUGCACGCCGAGUUCACUAAGCCCGAACAAAGCAAAGACGACUCUCAUUUACAUCGUGCAAGAGUACGUAAGGUAAAGCUAUGGGCGCGGGACUUCACCGGAUUGGGUCUUACUUGCGGGGGCGGUGCACGUGACGGCGUGUGUGUACACUCUGUACUGAGAAGUGGGCCUGCUGCGGCAGCUAAAUUACAGCCUGGAGACAAAAUAAAAAGCAUCAAAAUUGAGUUCACUGGUACACCUUUAGAGGAUGCUGUGGCUAUUCUAUCUUUAGCAUCUCCUUAUCCCGUGGAAUUGGAGGUAGUAGAAGGUGGUAGAGUAAGCGGAGAGGGAUGGAGAGUCGAACAUCCUGUGAUAAGAAGAGCUGGAUCUACCGGUGAUGUCAGCACGCUGGAAAAAGAGGGAAAACUUUUGCAUCCGCCAAAAUCACCUAACACAUCACAUUCAAACAACUCUACACUAGAAACGAAACCAGGUAAAGGCGGAAUCAAGAAGAUAAUCUCAGAAAAAAUCAUCACUACCACCUUAGAAAGAAACAAAAAGGAGAAAAGAGAACAGUCUACCACAUUAGAGCGAGAGAACGAAAAAAAUCUGAAGCUCGCAAACAAAACUAGACAUUCAGACAUAUUGCCAGCUUUAAGCAAACCGGAAAGAAAUAAAAAUAGAAACUCAACAGGAAGUGACAUUCAAAUUAUCCAACCGGAAAAUGGCAUUUCCCAUAUCGAACAUUCGGAAGUACAAAAACGAGAGUAUGAUCCAAAGCGUGGCAUGAAGUUUGGAAUAAGGGUAUUACCUCCAAACGUUCCCGAUGAUGGCGUUUUAAAACAAAAAAGCGUUGAAAAUGGGGGUGUCGUACUCGAAAAGAAAGCCACCGAUGAAGCAGACAAACCAACAGCACAAAUUAAACACGAAAGCGAAGUUGAACAGAAGAAACCAGUAGUUGCUAAACGUAGAGAAAAGUUGGCACCUCCAAUACCAAAUGCAAGAGUUAAAAGUACUGAAUCAGAAACAAAUAUCACAAACAUAACAAAUAUCAGCCAUGAAACAACGAAAUCUGAUAUCUCUCAAUCUUUCACUCGAACUGAAUUUAAUUCAAGUGGAAUCAAACGAGACGAAAAUGGCAUACCUCAAGAAUUACCUCAACACAUGUUCGAUGCAGCUAAAGCCGCACGACAUAAUAGAAAAAGUUCUAUGGAAUUACAAGAAAAAGAUAAAAUUGAUAAAAAAGAAGUCGAAGCGCCAAAACCAAAAAAAUCAAAAGGCAAAGCCCCAUCUCCUCCCGAUCCAGAGAAAAAUAAAAGCGACGAUAGUAUUCUGGAACAAAUGAAUAAUUUACACGAUUUCUUGAAAAACGAGAAAUAUCAUUCGAGUUUGCUUCAUGAAAGUACUAAAUCUGCGUUCAGUGUGAACACAUCUACGCCAAAAACCAUUAAAACUAAGUCACGUCUUGAAGAAUCUAUUAAUUUCAGUCAAGAAGAUAUUGAUGAUAUUGUUUCAAAACCUUUCAGGAAAGAGAGCGAUUCGUUAAACAAUUACUUCGAAGAUUCCAAAUCUAACUUAUCUUCUAAUCAAGAUGUCCAUUCAGUUGUGUCUUUAAAUAAUAGUGAUAAAAGUGAUAAGGAAUCCACUACUAUCGAACUAAAUAACAGCGAUAUAACCAUUCAUAGUUCACCGAUAAAUGAAACUGGGAAUUCAACAGAUACUUCCAUUUUGGAUGAAAAUGAAAGAAAAGCGGCAUCAUUGGGUGAUCUAUCGAGAUUCGAAAUAAGGGCCAAAGCAAGUAAACCGUCAACUGGGACGUUGGAAAGAGCUCAAAGCUUAGAUAUUUCGGCCGAUGAUGGUGAAAUACAAGAAACAUUGUCCCCUAAAAAACGUAAAGCGAUGUCUGUUGUCGAAACAACAUUUUUCGACUCGGGCAACGAAGAUGUUCUACCAGAUAUGAUAGAUUCUGAUAAAGGGAUUGUAAUGAAACAAAAAGAACCGAGAUUGAGUUUGAAUAUAGCUAAAACAUCCGCAAUGGAAGGGCUAAACACAUUCCAAAGAAACCGUUUGAAGAAAGCAUCCGAAUUUGGUAAUUUAGAAGACGCUAUCGUCAAAGGAUCUAACAGUUCUAUGGACUCUGGGAAACAUAGUUCACAAGAAAUAAUUGUUCGUAAAUCUCAGACCAAUUUAGAUACAACCCAAGAAAGUGAGGAGCACGAAACAUCAGAUCACUUGGCGCGAAGAAUUAUGGAUGAAAACAUGAAAGUUCACUUGAAACUCGUAUCUGAAUUCGCGAAAUCGACUUCCGAUGGUAGUAACCAAAGUUCCUUGGAAAGUCAAGAAACAUCAGUAGUUGAAACUAAGACAUUGCCCGUGAAAUACGAAGAGAAACACACAAUCAGUUAUGAUACGAACAUACCCGAUGAUAUGAAAGUCUCUCGAAGUUCAUACGUCAAUAGCUUGGAGAGACCUAAAUCAGAAAUGAUGAAGAAAUUACUCGCUAAAAAUCCUAUAUUCAAUGUACAUAUUGAUCAAACACAAAAAUAUGAAGCGUCAACGAGUAAAGAAACUCCCGCAUUAACAGAUUCAUUCAAAUCUAUGCAUCAACCAGAUAUCGUUAAUUUUGAUUUAAAAACCUCAAAACCGAGAGAUUACGACGAAUUUGUCAGUAACAUUAGAGUCGGAUCAAAUAAUAACAGUUUAAAAAUGAACAAAAAACCACAAGAAACAUUCACAACCGAUUGGUCUAAUCGAGAGAAAGAAUCGAGAAGUCAAGAAAUUCAAAGCACCAACAUCGUUACCAUAUCUACAGACAAAAACGUAGCAUCUGACGUAAAACGUAACUCUUACACAAAAUCCAUAGAGAUAGGUGAAGCUAAUCUACGAUUGGUACCAGAUUUAGUUGAAGGCACAAAUACACGUGAAGAAAAAGAAACAAGAACUCUAUAUAUGGAACCAGCUAGCGUUUCAUUGACUAUGAAACAAGAGCCUAUACAGAAAACAGUAACGGUAAAUGUAACAGAAGACGAAUAUGGAAAUAAAGUAAUCACUCAAAAUGUCGAGAAAGUUUCGACUAAAUACAUAACAACCAAAACUGAAGCUCCUUUGCAAGUUGAACAGAUUACCUUCGGCAUUCUAAAAGGCUCUGGGGAAAUAAAUGAACUAGAAUUGGAGGAAGGCAACGUAAAGGAUAUAGAUAAGAAAGUUUUGGAAGAAAUAAAGAAACAAAAUCCAAACAUACAUUUCACUUCUACGGAACCUUCAUACACGAGAACUGAAACAAUAAUUUUGAAUACAACAGAAAUGGAUGAAAAUGAAGCUAAGGCACUAAUGGAGAAACUUCAAAACGAUCCAAGCUUUAUGUCGCAAAAAUCAUCGGAAGAACUAUCUCGUAUGGGAAUAAGAAUUAUUCAGGAUCUAGAAGACAAAAGCACCUCAAGUCAAGAUUCAGUAGAAGUGACUAAAACUAGAUACUCUAUAAACCCCACAAUAACAACAAAACAAUCGAUUCGCAAUAUCGAUUCAAAUCGCAGUAUCGAUUCAAAAGAUUUCGAAUCACAAAAAGGUCACGUAACUGAGAUUCAAGUGUCAUCCAAACCAGAAAAACUAGUUCAAAAAACAGAAAUAAGCAAAGACAAAGUAUCAAACAGACAGCGAACUCCACCAAACCUACAGAAAUUCGAUGAAACGGUGUUAUCAUACGAACUGGAUAUCGAUAUGCUAAACGAUUUUAUAUCGAAUGAGAGAUAUCAUUCAGCGAAACACUUAGCAGAUAACAAAAAACGAACAAGUGAACCAAAGAAACGACACUCAGAUUUCGAUUUACCCAGAAACAGUCACAUCAAAUUCCGCACAGCAACUUAUGAAUCUCCAAAAGGAACGAUUGUUACAAGCACGGACUUAGAGAACAGACGACUUUCACAACUAGAUCAAUUACACAAAUCGAAUGAACCGAUUCAAAAACCAAGUAUAUCCGCAAAACCGAGUAACAUACCCGUUAAAGCGGUAGCAGAUAAAAAACCGUUUGCGGGCUUAGUUUCGUCAAAAAUACCGGUUUUCGCUACACAAAAAUCGUUAAGUCAGGAGAAUUUGACCGAAAAAACUUUAUCGUUACCUCGAUCUGAGUUAAGUGGUAGUGCUGGGAAUAUUACGAUUACAUCGAUUAAAAGUAGCUCGAGAAGUCCGAGUGGGGGUCGAUUG